UCUUUCAGUCGUAUUUUCAAACGCCAAACAUACGCAACGUAGCGCGGUUGAUUCGGUGCCGUUAAAACGAUUCACUUUGUUACAUUUUGCAGCGAGCAAGCAAAGGACAUAAGGACAGUUCAUUUUAUGAAGUGAGAUAACAGUGUUUGUGUGUAGGUGUGUGUGCGCAUGCUGCGGCCAAUAAUGGAGGCAUAAGCAAAAGUGUUAUUAAAAUUUCCUGCAGCUGCGCCUGAUUUCUUCUGGCAGCCCAAAACUUUUGCGCUUUGUUUAAAACAGAAAAAAAAGCAACAAAAAUAUAAAAGUAAAAACCAAAUAAUAAACAAGGAAAGAAAAACGCAUAAUCCGCUUUCAUGCAAAUCGAAUAAAAGUUACCAGCUUAAAGGCUUAUGAGCCGCCUGUGACAAAAUCAGUGAAAAACAAAUUGUUGUUAUUAUUGUUGUCACCAUUUUGUGGAUUUUGGUACAAAAUAAAUUUCAUAGAAAAAGUGCACAAAUAACGCCGUAAACUGUACGUGGAAUUAAAUUGAACAACAUGUCGACAUGAUCUUCAGUAAACGCAGCAGUUAAAAUGUCAAAACAAUUAUGACAAACGCUACUUAAAAACUAUACAACCUACAACUUCCCCUAGUCUGUAUACUCCCUAAUUGAAUAUUUCACAACAAAAUACUCGAUCCCAAGAAACAUCGAAAAUUUGUAAAAAAGAAUAACACCAAAUAAUAUAUAGAAAUAUAAAACAAAUUGAGGUUAGAGAAAGAAAAAUUAUUUGAAGAUUAUAAUAAUUUUUGAAAAAGUAAAAAAAUAUAUAUAGCCGUUAUCUACACAUACUAGUUUAUAAAAAUUCUAGUCUAAGUUAAAACUAAACCCUCACACUUCAAGAAGUAGAGAAAUUUGUGUUGUGAAUUCAAAGCGUUAACUGCAGCGUCGCCGCCAUGGGUAAGAAGAGUUCCAAAUUGAAGCAAGACACCAUCGAUCGUCUGACGACUGACACAUAUUUUACAGAAAAAGAAAUUCGACAAUGGCACAAAGGAUUCCUGAAAGACUGUCCCAAUGGUUUACUCACAGAGCAAGGUUUUAUAAAAAUCUACAAACAAUUCUUUCCGCAAGGCGAUCCCAGUAAAUUUGCCUCGCUGGUGUUUCGAGUGUUCGACGAGAAUAAUGAUGGCUCAAUAGAAUUUGAGGAGUUCAUACGCGCCCUCUCCGUGACAUCGAAGGGAAACUUGGAUGAAAAAUUACAAUGGGCUUUCCGGUUGUAUGAUGUUGACAAUGACGGUUACAUAACGCGCGAGGAAAUGUACAAUAUUGUGGAUGCCAUAUAUCAGAUGGUGGGUCAACAGCCGCAAUCGGAGGAUGAGAAUACGCCGCAGAAACGUGUGGAUAAAAUAUUCGAUCAAAUGGAUAAGAAUCAUGAUGGUAAAUUAACAUUAGAAGAAUUUCGUGAGGGUAGUAAAGCUGAUCCACGUAUAGUUCAGGCGUUAAGUUUAGGUGGUGGUUAAGACACGAAUGCCAACGAACGACGACACUACGUAAACAAACGAACAGUAAAUUUAACAGAUAAUAUUUAUGAGAAAUGAUAAAAGGGGAGUGUGGGCCAGCGAGAGCGCUGAAGAAAAUUUGUAUAAUUAAUGACAAAAAUAAAAAAAAAAUAAAUAAAAAUUAUAAAUGGCACGCUGCAAUAGUUUGCGCUGAACUUUAAGCAAUCAGUUUUUUUACAAGAAACUAUUAAAUUUUGGAAAACGAACUUUCAGUGUUAGAUUACUUACUUUUCGCGUAAAUAAAUAUGCAUUUUUUUCCAAUAAAAAAUACUUAAAAAUUAUUUUCACGCAACUUUUGCUAUAAAAAACUUGCAAAAAGAAAAAGAAACACUUUCUUAAAAAAAAAAAUAAUAAUUAAUUAAAGUAAUAUUAUAAUAAACUUACAUAAUGAGCAAUUUAGUAAUUUUUAUUGACAACAUAUAUGAGAUAAUAAUUUUUUGCAAAAAAUUUUAAUACCAGCAUAUAGUUAAAAAACAAAUAAUAUAAACUUAUUGUGAAAAAAUGCGUUCAUUAGUAUAUAUAACUUACUAUAUACACAACAAUUGAACAGCGAAUAAAAAUUUGAAAUCAAUUAGCAAUACAAAGCGAAUACACCAAUUAUUUAGUAAUUAGCAACCAAAUAACAAAAAAAAAUUUAUAAAAUUAAACUAACAACAAAAAAUUGUUUUCAUGCAAACGAUAGUGUCUAGUGAGAAUGUCAUAAAACAAGCCUUCAUUAUAUUUAUAAAUAAAUAUAAAUAUAAAAAAUUACAAAAUAAUAAUAAAUAAUAUAUUAUUAAUAAUUAAUAAUUAUUAACCAAUCAUACAAUUGAUUAAUUGUUUUAAAAAGUUAGCAAUUAGCCUUAUUGCAUAUUAGCAUGGCCUUAUGGCUUUGGCGCUGCGGAAGAUGAGCACGAUGACGAAAACAGUAGCAUACAUAUAGGCGUUAGGACAAUUAGUAGCAAAAAAUAUAUAAGUCAUAGAUAUACAUUUAAGUAGUUGUGCAAUGAAGUUUUCGAAAUAAAAUGCGAUAUUAUAUUUUGACGUUACAUACAUACUUAGUAUAGGGGAUUAGAGCAGUAUCUAAGUUUACUCAACGCAAAGUGUAGCAUACCUUACGCAGCCAAAAGAAUGUAUAGUGGAAAAGUUCAAGGAUAUAGCAUACAUUUAGGCGAAGUUAGUUGCGGGAAAAGCGCUUGAGCGUUAGCUUAGGUUGUACGAAAAGCGCUUGAGGGUUAGCUUUAGUGCGGCAAAGUGACGGCCUUAGUUGAACUUUAAUGACGCAUUUGAACUUCGCUUACAUCUUCGGGCAUUCACAGACAUACUCACCGACAGCACUGUGUCGUAUGCCAUCAUACUAAGAUAAUUUCUAUUCUAUGUGCGGUUCAGCUUUAUUAUUAUUUCACUAAAUUAUCAAAUAAAAUGUAUAGCAAGACAAACUAGAAAUAUUUGCAAUAUUUAUUACUAACAAUUAAUACCCAUGUACAUGAAAUCAUCAUGCUCUACAAAAAUAAAUAUGACUAUGCUUAAAAUAAAAAUCUACAACAGGUAAAAAAUAAAUUUAUAACUAAACCAAAACCUCACCGAAAUUCUUCAAAAAUACUAAAAAUACAGUCUGUAAAAAUAUGUUUAACCACCAUAUGAGAAAAUAAAUAAGUUAAAAGUAUUUUAGUAAAUUUAUAAAAAUACAAUUAGUGCUGUUGCAAACAAUACAGUGAAAUAUACUUAUAUAUAAUUGUAUAGAAAGGUAUGUAAGAAUCUCAAUUAAUACCAAAAUUGCAAAGCGCAGACAAGGUAUGGCAUGUAUAUUGAACUAAAAACUUUACAUAAGUAUGCACAAAAAGUUUAUUAUUCAGUUUUAAAUUAUGUAAAUACUAAACACAAUUUAAAUAAUACAAAAAUACCACCAUUGUGCUUCAGGCACAUGAAAAAUAGCGAAAUUCGUAAAAAUUGUAAUAUAAAAGAAUGAAUAUUUCAAACUUAAGUAUAGCCAACGGGAUACAUACACUAAAUAACCAGCCAACAUUUAAACGUUGAUUUUUCUGAUGUAAUAUUAUUAUAUUACAUAAAAAUAUUUUCUUUAUGCGUGGCAUAAGCAUGGUCUUUCUUGAAACUAAAAAUACCAAAUACCCACUAAUUGAAAUAUUUUCAAAACUUGGAACCAAAAAGUAUGCGUUUCUUAAUAAAAAAAAUAAAAAGAAUAGAAAGCAGUAAUGCAAAUCAGUCGCGGUAGACAUUGCUCCAACAUUUUGCUUAAAAUCUUCAAGCAUAUUAAGUAAGAAGGGUUGCCACCCAGAGUUUUUCUUUCACACUAAAUAGAGUGUGUUGCCACCCAGAAUUCUUGAUUCAUACUAAAUAAAGAGGGUUGCCUUGUUGUCGUUGAAACAAACAAUUUUCAAAAAUAUCCAACACUGAAGUUUUUUACGCCGAACUAAUGCUUUUAAACUUCUAAAGUCGAAAGUCGAAACUCAAAAUUAAUUUUCAAAAUUGUGUUUUUAGAAUAAAGGGUUACAACCACUUCAGAAUUUCCAAAUACCAAUAAUUUUUGGCUUAUUACUAUAUGAAAUAUUUGACAAUAUUCUACAAAAAUUUGAAGUUAAUGCCGCAAAAUGUUUCGGAGAUGUGAGCAAAAGCUCCGAAAGUCGAAACUCAGAGUGAACUUAAAAAAAUAUGUUCGUGGAUUAAGGGCUUAUGAUAUCCUUUUGUGAAGUUCCAAAAUUAUUUUUGCUUUUAUAUCGAGUAAACAUACAAUAUUUGACCAUAUUCUCCAAAAAUUUGAAGUUAAUCCCGGAAAAUGUUUCGGAAAGCUUCAAGAGAAUGAACUUUCAAAAAUAUUUUCGUCGGUUAAGGAUUUACGUGUACCCAUUUAAUUGCUAUUUUUGCUUUCAUAUCGAAUAUACAUACAUACUGUGUUUGACUAUAUUCUCCGAAAAAUUUGAAAAAAAAAACUAAAUUUUUUGUAAUCGGCUUCCAAAGCAUUAAGAGUUUCUUUCUGAAAACACUCUUUUUAGAGGAAAACUUCUUUGAAACGCUUAGACCGAUCGAUUUAAAAUUUUCAAAUGAUCAAAAGAUUGCAGUUUUUGAUUACAAAAUUGAUUGCUUUAAAUAAAGUUUCGACAAGUCCUUCGAUUAUUUCUUGUAAUUAUAAAAUUUUUUGCGUUGUAAGUUUGAAAAAAAUUUAGAUGGAAAUAUCGUUUUCACCUUUCGGCACAUUUUUGCAGAGGUCCUCCUGAAGAUCGACUACGUUAUCAAGGGAAUCUAUAGCUUUAAAAGCCUCUCCCAAAGCUAAAUCUUCUACUAAAUCUUUAAAGGCUUUUUUUCUCAAAUAAUUAUUUUCGGAGGAAAACUCGGACCGAUCGAUUUAAAUUUUCAAGGGAAUGCUGUUUUUGAUAAUAAGCCCAUUCUAGGGGUAAAUUUUAUCAAAAAUAUCCUUUUUUUGUUAAACUGCAAAUUUGUUAAAAAUAAAAGUUCUGACAAGUCUUUCGAUCAUUUCAGCAGUAAUUAUGAAAUUUUUUGUGUUAUGGGUUUGAAAAAAAUUUAGACAGAAAAUCGUCUUCACCGUCCGCACCUAUUUUUCGGCGGUCCUCGAGGAGGUCGACUACAAUAUCAAGGGAAUCGAAAAUUUUUCAAAAUGAAUGGACGACUUUUAAAAUAUUUAUUUAUUAAAUAAGAUGCCUCCAAAUAAUCAUGUGAAACGCAUUUGACUGACUUGCAAGUGGCUAUAACCCUUCAGUAAAGAAAUUAAACAUAAAAGUAAAAAAAUUGCAACCUUUUGAAGCGUUCGCUAUGCAAAUUGUAUAAAAAUUAAAAACUUCACAAAAAUUUCUUAAUAAUACAAUCAAAAAUUUGAAGCAUUAAAAGCACAUUGCAAUUUCGCAAAUUUAAGUAUAACUUUUAGCUAAUUUUAAAAAUUAUUCCAAGCACAUAAAAAUAUCACAAAACAUUAAAAUCGAUAUUUGAUUAUUAUAUUUUAUUUUUUUAAAUUUGAAAAUCGCAAAACCACACACUUUACACUACUUGAAAAUAAAGCAACUAAAUUUAUACUAAUUUUUAAAGCGAAGGCUAAAGUCAAUUCUUGUACUUAUUACAACGCUAACUAAAACUAUAAAACAAAAUAAGAAUAUUAAAACUAUUUAGAACUCAGAUAUGAAAACACAAAGCACUAAUGUACUACUUACUAUUACGCUACUCAUUAUUCGAAAACUAUAUUAUGUAAAUUACAUUACAUUAUAUAUAAAUAAAAAAUAUAUAUACUUAAUUAAAUUUAGUGCAGAACUAAAUAAAAAAUAAGAUAUCUUUAAAAGCAAUAUUUUAAAUUUGAGUAAUAUAUACAGUGAAAAGCAAAACAUAAGAAUAUGUAUAUAAAAAAAUAAAAAAAAUUAAAUAAAAAAUUAAAAAAUAAUGAAAUAAAAAAUGCAAAUAAUUAAGUUGAAAUCAUAAGACGAAAAAAUAUAAUAAAAAAAAUUAAAUUAAAAAAAAAAAAAAAAUUAAAAAAUAAUAUUCAAUAAGAUACAAAAUAAAUAAAAUACAAAAUAAUAUAAAGAAUAAAAUUAAAAUAUAAACACAAGAACACCACAUCGUAGGCACACUGUGCCGCACUGAAAAUGCAAUUAAAGCAACCAAGGCAAUUUUCUUUCAAUUAUAUUAAACGCGAAUAAAAAAAGCAGUGAUUAUGGUGUCAAUAAUGUUGUCAAAUUGCACAACAUACCAAACAAUAUACCGAACUUACAAAAAAAUAAAUAAAAUAUCUGCAAAAACUUCAAAUUUAAUAAACGCAAAAAUAUAAAAUUAAUUUGCAACUACAAAGAGUGCAUAUUAAUAUGGCGCGUGCUGUAGAAAAAAUAUAGCAACACAAUACCUUUUGUGGUAUAUGACAAGUGUGACGUCACUGUUGCACAUUUCAUGUGCAUGCAAAUAAAAGUAAAGCAAAACACGACAUCAAUUAAAAUGUAAUAUACAUACAUACAUACGAUAUUUGAAAGCGCAACAGUUUAAUAGGAACAAAGAAAAUAACAGUAAAAUUUACUAUAUUAAAACUUAUAUACAUACAAUUUUAAGGUAAUAUAAACAAAGAGCAAAAAACAACAACAACAACACAUAUACUUAUAUAUAUAUAGUACAUACAAAUGUAUUUUUCUUAUUUUUACUCAUUUAUUUAUUGACUAAUUUAGUUUUUUGAAAUAAAUAUAUUUUGUUGUUAAUAUAUUUACUAUACAAAUUACAGUGAAAUACCAAAGAAACAAACAGUGUGGCGUGAAAUUAUUCCGAAAUAAAAUUUUCUGCAAAAAUUUAA